AUGAAAAUAUUAUGUUCAAUAUUAUUUCCAUUAUCAUUAUUUUUUAUUCUUUUUAUUUUUUCAUUAAUUCAUAAAAAUAGCUGUAGUCAAAUUAAGGAAAAACUUUUUGGAGAAUUGAAGACAAAGAAAAUUAAAAAUUAUGAAAAAUUGAAGGUAGAUAAAGUUGGAAAUGAUAAGAUAUUAGAGAAAGAUAAAUUUAAAAAUUAUGAAGUAUUAAAUAUAGAUAAAGUUAAAAAAAAAAUUGCCAUUGUUGUUGUAGUUGAUGUUAAUUCAAUUGAUUAUAAUAAAGAAAAUUUUGAAACAAUUAAAUGUUAUAGUUUACAUAAUAGCUAUUCAUUUGUAGUUAUUACAAUACUAUCAUAUCCACAUCUUUUUAUUGAUUGUAAACAAAAAAGUUUUGUAUUUCAAAGGCAUUGUGUUGUGGCAAAAUUUGCUGAAAAAUAUCAAAAAAUAUUUAAGUAUAUUAUUUUUGUUAGUGAAAAUGUUGGAAUUAUAAAUCCAGUUCAUAAACUUGAAAAUUAUCUUUUAAAAAAAAAUGAAGAAAUGAUAUUUUAUGAAAAGAUAUCUAAUAAUGAAAUCUCAACUGAUAGUUAUAUUUUUAAAAAUACAAAUUAUUCAAGAAAUUUUUUAAAAUUUUUUGCAAAUUAUGAGUGUUCAGUUCCAGAGAUGUAUAAUAAAAAUGAUAACUCUGCCAUUCAAACAGUUUUUGUUACCCUAUUUGGUGGUGAUCAAUACUUAAAUAUAUAUAAUCAUUGUAUAAAUAUUUGGUUUAAGGGAACAACACUUAAUGAAAAUAUAAUUUUUGAAUCUUGUAUGAGGUGGCUUUUAUCAAUGCUUAAUGAAAAUGAAGGAAAAUCAUAUAUGUUAUUUGAUGAUAAAAGGGUAGUUCUUUUAGGAAAAAAAUCUAAAAGAAAAUGGAUAAGAGAUGGAAAAUUAUAUAAUUGGCAUUUUGGUUAUAAAGACUUUUUUUUCAGUAAUUGGAAUACAAAUAAAUUAUCUAUUAAUAAUUUUUCAUUUAAAAAAAAUUCAACCUCAACAAAUGUUUUAUGUAAAAGUCGUAGAUAUAUAAAUAUGUGGAAAUACAAUUCAUCAAUGAAACUACCACAACAUUUUAUUAAUUUAACUAUGAAAAAUUUAUCAAUAUUUUCUGAAAUUAAUUAUUACAAUAAUCUUACCUUAUGUAAUUUAGACAAAAUAAAAGAGUCAAACGGAAGAGACUACCUAAAAGUAAUUUACAAUAAAAAUAAAUAA